AGAUCCUACCAAGUCACGAUACCUAUUCGUGCCAGUCAUGGGUGCUAAACCUAGCACUGCAAAUGGCACACAGAGCCCUCGAACAAGGGCCUUCUCAACAAGCAGCAGUUCUGAAGUAGUUACUGCCCCCGGAUUCAGAUUUAUGAGAUCUCUAGGGAUGGAUAUGUCAAAUGAUAGACAGAGGGCUAGAUCACUAUCAAGUGUCCCAGACCUUCAUGCUAGUCAUGAGGCUCUUUCCAUGCCUCCUACAGGAGUCAGCUUUGAUAUUUCAAGUGGUGCAAGUCCAGAGACAGACCAUAGUCCUGCUGAAGAAGCUGCUAGUGUGUUGGGAUCUGCUGCAGCUAAUUUAGCACUUGGGAGAGUGUAUGCUGCUCAUUCCUUACCAUCACAUAUUUGGUCCUUAAAUGGAAUAAAGUGUCCGGUAUGCAGUAAGUUUGUGAUUCCUGACGAUAUAGAAUGCCAUUUAGUGAUGUGCCUAACAAAACCUCGGCUGUCCUACAACGAAGAUACUCUGACUGGUGAUAAAGGAGAGUGUGUCAUAUGUUUAGAAGAGUUGAACCAAGGGGAUGUAAUCGCUCGCCUGCCUUGCCUAUGUAUAUAUCAUAAGACAUGUAUAGAUCAAUGGUUUGAAGUGAACAGAUCUUGCCCAGAACAUCCAGGAGACUAG